UAGCCUAGAGCGUAAUUUCUUCGACUCUCACACGAGCCUGAUACCUGAAGACGACGUCUUUCUACUCACAUUCUUACACCCUCGUCAUCGUGUCUGUAAUUUUUCACCCGAUUCAGCAGAGAAGAUGAGUUCGUGUGUAAUGGCUGCGAGUGCAGUAAGUCGUGGACUUCCAGCUCUGGGUUCCAGUAAGACUCUCGGUCAGCAGACCCGUGCUCUGGGCCUGCCACAAAUUGCUCUCAGACGUUCUACCCCCUCUUCGGCUGGGCUCCGUGUACGCGCCGCCAAGAAGGAUGUCCCUCUGCCCGACACGAAGGUAGAGAUAAGUGAGGAAGCAGUGAAGCGGAAUGAGAAGGAGGAGCCGCUGCGCGUCUUCGACAACACGCCAGCAGGCAAGUUCGCGCGGCCUGAGAGCGAGCGCAGGCCAGAGAUGGGCAACACCAACUUUUUUAGCGUCAUGAGAUUUGACGGACCAGCUCCCGAGACUAUCAACGGAAGGCUAGCCAUGCUUGGAUUUACCUGGGCUGUGGCUGCUGAGGUGAUGACGGGACAGAGCGUAGCGCAGCAGGUUGUUGAUGGAACUGGAGGUUUUUGGUUUUUGGCAGUAGCUCCUAUCUUGAUUUUUGCAUCUUUCGUGCCUAUUUUCCGGUGGAACGAGUCACCAGACAGCAGGAAGUUUGGUCCUUUCAAUGCUAAAGCUGAGAGAUGGAACGGACGUGCGGCUAUGAUCGGAUUUGCCUCGCUUUUACUCACCGAAAAUCUGCUCAUCCACGGACCCCUUUUUGGAUUUCUCCAUCAGUAGGUAUUGUAGGAAAAUCAGAUAUAUAUUAUUUUGCAAUCAAACAAGUCAAUACAGAUGAAAUUUUGUAAAUUUAUUAAGCGGGGAGAAGGAAGUUACUUGGGCACUGGCCUGGUUAUUAUGAGGACUAUUUUUACGAGUUCUUUUAAUUUGAAGGUUGGAAUUCUGCUAGUUGCAUUACUUAGAAAUACAGUUUAGUAACUUUAGAUGUGAAAGUUUGUACUAUCAAUGCUUGGCUUUCGC